AUGACUGCAACCAUUCCUCAACCAGCGGGACUGCCCUUUCUUGGCAAUGUUUUGAGCGUUGAUGCAGAGCAUCCUCAAGAGAGUCUUGCCAAUAUCGCUCAAAUCUACGGUCCAAUCUUCAGGCUCAAGCUUGGUACAGAGCGCAUUUUCGUAGCAUCACACGAAUUGGCCAAGGACCUGUUCGAUGAGAACAAGUUCGAGAAAGCGGUCUCCGGCCCUCUGAAAGAGAUCCGAAAUGGCGUUAAGGAUGGUCUAUUCACCGCUUUCCCAGGUGAACACAACUGGGCCAUCGCUCAUCGUAUCUUGAUGCCUGCUUUCGGACCACUGAGUAUUGGCUCCAUGUUCAACGAAAUGACAGACAUCGCAUCACAGCUGGUUCUGAAGUGGGCUCGAUUUGGUCCUAACAGUGACAUCGAUGUAACGGAUGACUUUACUCGACUCACUCUGGACUCCAUUGCCCUGUGCGCCAUGGGAGACCGUUUCAAUUCUUUCUAUCACGAUGAAAUGCAUCCCUUCGUGAAAGCUAUGGUGGGAUUCCUGUCGGGUUCUGGCAGCAGAGCUAGGCGGCCAGGCUUCGCUCCUGAAAUGCUCUACAGCAAAGCCAAUCAAGAAUAUCAGAACGAUAUCGACGAGCUCCAGAAAGUCGCCCUGGACCUCCUCAAGGAACGUCGCGAGAAUCCUUCAACAAAGAAAGAUCUUUUGAACGCCAUGAUCAAUGGAAAGGACCCUAAAACGGGGGAGAAGCUUUCGGAAGAGGCCAUAGUCCGCAACAUGAUCACCUUUCUGAUUGCUGGUCAUGAAACUACUUCUGGUCUACUAUCAUUUUUGAUGUACGAACUGCUUAACAAUCCUGAGGCUUACAGUGCCGCACAGAAAGAGGUGGAUGAGGUCGUAGGCAAAGAGAAGCUGACCAUGGAACACUUAUCCAAACUUCCGUACAUCACUGCUUGUCUACGCGAGACUCUCCGCCUUCAUCCGACAGCUCCUGGCUUCGCCCUCACUGCCAAGAGUGACCAGGUGCUCGGUGGCAAGUAUCCCGUCAAGAAGGGGGAAGUCUGUCUUGCGGUUCUCCCCCUGAUUCAUCGCGACCCCAAAGUCUACGGCGACGAUUCUGAAGAUUUCAAGCCUGAACGUAUGCUCGAUGAGUCUUUCAACAAGCUGCCUCCUCAUUCGUGGAAGCCGUUUGGCAAUGGAAUGAGAGCUUGCAUUGGACGCCCGUUCGCAUGGCAAGAAGCUCUUCUCUGCAUGGCCACUCUGCUCCAGACUUUCCGCUUCACCAAGUCCGAUCCAUCGUACACGCUUCGUAUCAAGACGACUCUCACUAUCAAGCCUGACAACUUCCACAUGAGGGCAGAGUUGCGAGACCCUGACAUGAUCGAAGAGUUGAUUGGAAGCUUGGGAGGCAAUCAGGCAAAAGACUCAGACAAGACCAAGCAACGAGGUGACGUCGAGGCCGAUCCUAACGCCGACCCGAUCCAUAUUCUCUAUGGAUCUAACACUGGCACCUGCGAAGCUCUUGCUCAAAGUCUAUCCUCGACCGCAUCAAGACAUGGAUACAAAGCCAAGGUUGCAACACUGGACUCUGCCGCGUCAGGUCUCUCUAAGGAUGAUCCAGUAGUCAUCAUUACUGCUAGUUACGAAGGUCAACCUCCGGACAAUGCUGGUCACUUCUGCACUUGGCUUGACAAGGUUGAUAAGGUCGAUGGUACAAAGUACGCAGUCUUCGGUGUCGGAAACAAGGAAUGGGCGAGCACGUAUCAACGUAUACCAAAGGUGGUCGACUCCACCCUUGACGCCAAAGGCGCCGAACGCCUGGUCGAACGUUUUGAGGGUGAUGUCACUGCUGGCAGCAUUUUUGACUCAUUCGACAAAUGGCAGGACGAAAGCCUCUGGCCCGCAAUGGAGAAGCGCUUUGGCAAAAAGUCUAGCGGCUCGAACCCUGAGAGCGAUGCAAGCGAGCUCAAGGUUGCCAUCGAUUAUCAGACUCGUUCCAAUCUUUUGAGACAGAACAUGGAGGUCGCCCAGGUUCUCGAGAACCGACUCCUGACAACCAAGGAAGGUGCUCCACGAAAGCGCCAUAUCGCACUGAACCUUCCAACUGGCAUGUCAUACAAGACUGGUGACUACCUCGCCGUACUGCCUCACAAUCCUAUCGAGAAUGUGCGUAGAGUCAUGAAGAUAUUCCAGUUGCCCUGGGAUGCUACACUCAAGAUUGAGCAAGGUUCGGCAACUUCCCUCCCCACGGGUGUAGCGUUGCCUGUCUAUGAUAUCCUCUCCGGUAUGGUUGAACUUGCACAACCGGCUACAUCACGGGCUAUUCAAACCAUCGCAAAGACUAUUCCCGAAGAAGACAAAGCCAAGGAGCUUGCUAGCCGUGCUGGUGACGAGAGUUUCCAGAAGAAUAACAUCAGUGUCAUCGACAUCCUUGAACAAUAUCCGACAGCCCAGUACACUAUCGGACAAUUCCUUGGAGCUGUUCCUCCGAUGAGAGUACGUCAAUACAGCAUUUCUUCAUCUCCCCUGGAGAAGGAGAAUGUCGCCACAUUGACCUGGUCUGUGAUUGAUGCCCCAGCGAAGAGCGGACUCAAAGGUCACCACUUUGAGGGUGUAAGCAGCAACUUCCUCGAAAAGCUGUCGCCGGGAGACAGAGUUCAGAUAAACCUUCGUCCCAGUCGCACGGGCUUUGGUCUCCCUAAAGAUGAUGAAGUUCCUAUGCUCAUGGCAUGCGCUGGAACGGGUCUUGCACCCUUCCGAGGCUUCGUCGCCGAGCGUGCUCUCAAGAAGGCUGCUGGGAAGAAAGUCGGACCUGCUCUGCUGUUCUAUGGCCUCAACGCUCCGGACGAAGAUGACAUGUAUCGCGAAGAGUUUGAUGCAUGGGAGAAGGCGGGUGUUGUGGAUGUCCGUCGGGCCUACACGUUUGCCCCUGACAAAUCCCAUGGCUGUAAAUUUGUGCAGGAAAGACUCUGGCACGAUCGAGAAGAUGCUGUUGCGAUGUUCAGAAACAACGCUCAGCUCUAUCUCUGUGGUGCUGGAGUCGUGGGGGCCGGUGUUGGGGAGGUGAUGAAGAAGAUCAGGAUGGAAUCUCAUGGAGCUACUGAGGAAGAGGCGGCCGAGUUUGUCGCAGGUCUCAAGGGAGAGCGUUACUGGGCUGAUGUGUUUUCAUGA